AUGUCGGGAGCUAUCUUCACGCCCCUAGAGGGCCUAGGCGCCCUGGACACCGCGAGCGGCCACCCGCUCGUGUGCCCUCUGUGCCACGCGCAGUACGAGCGCCCGUGCCUGCUGGAAUGCUUCCACGACUUCUGUGCCGGCUGUCUUCGUGGUCGGGCUGUGGACGGCCGCCUGGCCUGCCCGCUGUGUCAACACCAGACCGUGGUGAAGGGUCCCAAUUGGCUCCCACCGGUGGACCGGCUGCUGCAGUUCCUCGUGGACAGCUCCAGGGAUGGCGUGGAGGCUGUGCAUUGUGCCAACUGUGACCUGGAGUGCAGCAAGCAGGACGCCGAGACCACGUACUUCUGCAACACUUGCGAGCAACCCCUGUGUGCGCGCUGCCGCGACGAGACGCACCGGGCACGCAUGUUCGCGCGCCACGACAUUGUGGCCCUAGGCCAGCGCAGCCGCGACGUGAUCCAGAAGUGCACGCUGCACGCGGAGCCCUACAUCAUGUUCUCCACCGACAAGAAGUCGCUGUUGUGCAUCCGCUGUUUCCGGGAUAUGCAGGGGGAGAGUCGAGCCCACUGCGUGGACCUGGAGUCGGCUUACGUGCAGGGCUGCGAGCGGCUGGAGCAGGCCGUGCUGGCCGUGAAGGCCCUGCAGACAGCCACCCGGGAGGCCAUUGCGCUGCUGCAGGUCAUGGUGGAGGAGGUGCGGCGCAGCGCAGCUGAGGAAGAUGCCGCCAUCCACACCCUCUUUGGCAGCAUGCAGGACAAACUGGCAGAGAGGAAAGCACUGCUGCUACAGGCUGUGCAGAGCCAAUACGAUGAGAAAGACAAGGCCUUCAAGGAGCAGCUCUCCCACUUGGCUGCUCUGCUGCCCACUCUACAGGUUCACCUGGUCAUCUGCUCUUCCUUCCUCAGCUUGGCCAACAAGGCUGAGUUCCUGGACCUGGGCUAUGAGCUGAUGGAGAGGCUGCAGAGCAUAGUCACAGGGCCGCAUCGCCUAAGACCAGCGCAGAGCAGCAAGAUCGCCAGCGACCACCAUGCAGAAUUCGCACGCUGCCUGGAGCCACUGCUGCUGCUGGGGCCACGCCAGGCUGCGUCUGCCGCCAAUACGCUGGCAGGGGGUGCAGGACCCAAGGUGCUGAUGGGGCCCAGAUGCCCCUCCCCAGUGAGAAAGACGCCAGGGUCACCAGUCCAGAAGCCCACGCUGCACCGGUCCAUCAGCACCAAGGUGCUCCUGGCUGAGGGCGAGGACACUCCCUUCACAGAGCACUGCCGCCACUAUGAGGACUCCUACCGGGGGCUGCAGGCCGAGGUGCAGAACCUGAAAGACCAGGUGCAGGAAUUGCACCGCGACCUCACGAGGCACCACUCCCUCAUCAAGGCCGAGAUUAUGGGGGACAUCCUGAGCAGGUCCCUGCGGCUGGACGCAAGGAUCGCCUCUGAGUACAGCUCUGCGGAGGGCAUGAGAGCCAUCUUCCAAGAGAUUUGGGAGGAAUCCUACCAGCGAGUAGCCAAUGAGCAGGAGGUUUAUGAAGCCCAGCUCCAUGACCUUCUCCAGCUGAAGCAGGAGAAUGCCUACUUGACCACCAUCACCAAGCAGAUCACACCCUACGUCCGCUCCAUCGCCAAGGUGAAGGAACGGCUGGAGCCCAGGUUUCAGCUGCCUGUGGAUGAACAGUCAGAGACUCUACAAAGCACGUAUGACGGCAGCAGGAGUAGCGAGACCCUGGCCAGGAAUGAUCCAGGAAGUGCCGUGGAGAAGGGAGAGAAGACCUCAGAGUCCAAAGGAAACGGCAGGGCUCUGAGUGGCGUCUCAGAAGAUCCUCCACUGAAGAACCGAGACCAUCUCAGAUCCAAGCAGAAAAAUGGGGAUGACCUCCCCACAUGCAGAGAGCAGCCAACUUAGCAAACAGGCCCCAUACAACUAGUUGGGCUCUCACAACGAACACACCGAGACUGGAUACUUAAGGUUGUUCUCAUUAUGGUCACUUCUUUCAAAGGUGACACUUGAUUAAAAAGUAAAGCCAG